AUGUUGUCGCGCAUCAAGAAGCAGCAGGCGGAGGCGCGCGGGGGCGGUAACCAACCCCACGGCUCUGGUGCUGGUGGGGGUGUUUCCGCAACGGCAAGUAGCGAGCCCGUCGCAAUUCUACGCCUCAAGAAGGACCUGGACAACCUGGACGGCAUCCGCAGCAAGGUGGAAAUUCCCGACCCCUGCAACCUGCUGCGGAUGAAGGUGACGGUGAAGCCGUCGUACCCGUCCAUUUGGCAGGGCGGCAUCUUUGAGUUUGCGCUGGAGUUUAGGGAGGACUACCCGUACGAGGGGCCGCGGGUCCGGUAUUUGGGCCCCUACCGCAUCUGGCACCCAAAUAUCGAGGGAGACGAGUUUAGCGACACCGAAGGCGGGGUGAGGGGAGGUGUGAAGCAUAGCUGGGGAGUGUGCCUGAGCUUUCAGACCGACUGGAAGCCGACCAUGAGUCUGCGGGAUAUUGUUGUUAUGCUGGAGCUGCUGUUUCAGGACCCGAAUCCCGAUGACCCGCUCCACGGCACCGCCAAACAGGCGGCGCAGAUGAUGAAGGAUAAUCCCGCGGGGUUUAGAGAAAAGGCGCGACGAUGGAUGCAAGGAUUUUACAUUGAGUGA